AUGGCUGACGAGACACCGAAAGAAGACUCCAAGAGCAAGCAGCUAAGUGAAGCAGAGAAGGAUGAUGCCGAAACAGCGAGCGAAUCCUCUCACACGACGCGUCACCAUCACGAAACGUCAAAGCACGGACAGUCUCGGAGGGCGCUGUCAAGUCGGAAGUCUUCACGACGUUUUUCAUUUUCGCCCCCUGUGGCCGGCGUCACGUCUACUAACUUCGGCAGUGAGCUCAAAUCGCCUCCAAAGGCCGCGCCUGAAGCAUCGUCCCCGGACGCGGAACAGUUCGCAGGCUUCAGCUGGACGUCGCCCGAGGAAUAUCUGACCGUGCCGAACGAAGAAUCGCGCCCGAAACCUGCUGCGGUACAAGACACGGGUUCUUCCGAGAUCUCACCUCAAAAGCUGGCCGAAAAAUCGACUGUUGCUAGCGACCACUCUGCACCGACGACUGAAGCACCAUUCGCGAGGUCUUCUGCAACGUCAGCCGCGAAGUCAGAAGGACAGCCGACGGCGGCGACAAGUGACCAAUCAAGUCCGAAGUCAGCCGAAAAGAUUCCGGAAAGAAAGUCGGACAUGACAAGUCACGAGUCAACUGCGGAGCCUGCUGGGAGAGAAGAGAUGACGGCGGUUGAUGGGACGUCACCUCGUGAGUCAACGCAGAAGUCCCCUAUAUACUCAAGCGACGCGGCAGUCUCCAAGUUCGCCGAAGAGCGGGGUGCAGCGUCAACCCCCAAGCCUGCUGGGAAGCAUCAUACGAAGCCAACUGCGACGUCGCCUAUGAAAUCGGCCGAAAAGUCAAUUGCGCCAGACGAUUUGUCAGCCUCGAAGAUCUCCGAGGAGCAAACCACAAGUUUGACUGUGAUCACUCCUCUAAGGUCGAUUUUGAAGUCCGGCAAGAUAAGUGAAGCAUGCUCCCCGAAGCUCUAUGAGAAGCAAGACAUCGUGUCGACUGGGACGUCGCCUCGGAAGUACGCUUCAAUGUCGCCCACGUCAAGUGACCACUCGCACUACAAGAGAGCUAAAGAUCGAACCACGAGGUCGUUCGCGACGUCGCCUAUGAUGUCGAUCGAAAAAACGACGAAGCCAAGGGAGGAGUCAUCUAACAAGCUCUGGGAGAAGCGGGACGCAAGAUCGUUGCCGACGUCGCCUAACAAGUCGACUGACACAGCUGUCGUGAAGGCGCCAACUGACCGGGUGGUCGACACCUACGCUUCUGAAGCGGUUUCGGCGGGCAAGCACCGCGGAGCUCACAUAAAGCCGUCCAUGAGGUCAGUCGGGACAUCACCCAUAGACUGGCCCGAUAGGACUCCUGCGGAGUCUCCCUACAGAGCCACGUCGAAUGACGCAACGGGCGUGGAUAGCGACGUGCUUGACAACUACAAGAGGAUCUCGUCGUUAGUCCGAGAGCGCAACUCUCAGCAACAGACUGUAAGGAUGGUGGUGGCCAACCGCCUGGUGGUGGCAGGAUUGUUGUCCGCGCUGGCGUUUGUGCUCAGCGUCCGCAUGAUGAAGGUGGCACACUACACCGACGUGGUGACCAUGGAGGGCACCCUGGUGGGCCUGCUGGUUCGCAGCAGUCAAGGGGUCGCCGUCAGGCGCUUCCUGGGCGUGCCGUACGCGAAGAGCACCACCGGCAGCCAUCGGUUCGGCAUGCCCGUGCCGCUGCACAAUUUUCCCGCCUUGCGUUACGAGGCACUGGAACACGGACCUCCGUGCACCCAGUGGCUCAACGACAGCGUGGUCGGCUCCGAGGAUUGUCUCAGCCUCGCCAUCUGGGCGCCCACUAUAACAGAAUCGACGGCGCGAAAGAAGCCCGUAGUCGUCGUGCUGACAGGCAAGCAUGUCGAAUGGUCCGAUUAUAAAGUGGAGUGUUCCAAGAACAAGUGCCUACGCACGUACGUAUAUAGUACGAUGGGUGCGAGAAAGGCGAGAGGUCGAUUCCUGCUUUUAGGAUCUCCAAAAAACGCCAAUAAAGAAUUGGGCACGUGUUAUGACGUAGGCGAGUGGUUUGAGACCGGGUCCAAUAGUGACCACGACUGGACCGAGUUGGCGGCACUGGCCGACUGCGUGGUGGUGUCCGUCAACCACCGGCUCGGGGUCAUGGGCUUCUUCAAACCGGACUUGUCGGACGCCGUGUACGACGUGGCCUUCAAGGACCUGCAGCUCGCCGUCGACUGGACGCGUCGCAACGCCGGGGCCUUGGACGGAGACCCCGACGCGCUGAUGGCCCUGGGCCACGGCUCGGGUGCCUUCAUGCUCGCCGUCACGAUGAUCUCUCGCGAACACCACGUAGGCUUCAAGCGGAUGCUUCUCCAGGGUCUGUACCCGACCAUGCCACUCAGCCUGAACACUCCUUCCAUGGGCCGGGGCUACAUGCACAGCAUGACGACGUUCCUCGGCUGCCAGUCCGGCGAUCCCAGCGCGCUGUUGUCUUGCCUCAGGGAGGCCUCCCAGGAACAGCUGCUCAGGGCAGUGCGCCACAUCAACAUUCCGCUAAGGUUCGUGCCGACACGCUUCGAAGGGUACAGGGUGGGCGACAUCUCUGACCACGACGUCUGGAAGUUCGACGCCGACGUCGACAUCAUCUUGGGCAGCGCCCUGUCCUUGGGCGAGGCGUUCAAUGACCAGUACCUGCUGCCCUACGCCGCUAGGCAGAAGAUUCCCUACGACCCGGUGCAUACCCUUCGGAGCGUCUGCUUGUUCCUCAAGGAGCGAGCCUGCACCAUCAGGGGCGGUGCGAACCGCACACAAGCGGCGCAGUCCGUGGAGGGUAUGACGGAGCAGCAGCUGGAAGAAUACAUGGCGCACCUGUGGACGACGUGUGCCUCGCGCGCCAUGGCCGACGUGGCGGUACUUAAGAACGCCACCGUUCGCCACUACGCGACCGCCACCUCCGGCGGUCUAUUCGACCCUCCGCUCACGCUCGCCGACGUCGCCGCAUUCUUCAAGGCAGGUGCAGUGCCGCCUCUGAGAAGCGGCCUUCCGUGGCCGGUGUACGAGCGAGGCGGUGUGUCACGCAGCGAUCUCUGGCCCAACUCCAGCGAGGAGACCAUCGGGGCGGCCGCCAACGAGAUAUGCAGCAAGACGCGGGCGUUCGCCCACUAUUUGUACUGAACGAUGCUGCGAUACCGAGGACUUACUCCGUGAUCGAGGAACACGGAGCCGCGUUUGUCAGACGCAAGUCUCCAUCGCACUUUAACGUUAGAGGCUGUCGUUAGCAAAUGAUAGU